UGAAUUAUAGAAACCCAUUGAAUAAAUACACGUAAGCAGUAAGUAUUAGCUCCUGCUAUAGUCACACGUUAAAAUAUUUGUGAGAAUUUUUAACGCUUUGCUUAUUUUUGAUAUUUAAAAAAACUUCAGAGGAAACACGAGCGGCUUAGCUCCGGACUUCCUGUUUGAUGCCGGACUGUUGACUGGUGGAAAUGGAGGAGGUCCUCGGAAGAUAAAAAAAAACUACCCAAUGAAAUCGGAAUAAAAGUUCACUCAAAAUGAGCUGGAUUCCCUUCAAGAUUGGACAACCAAAGAAGCAGAUUGUCUCUAAAACCGUUGAAAGAGAUUUUGAGCGGGAAUAUGACAAGCUUCAAAAGCUGGAGGAUCAGACGAAAAAGCUUCACAAGGACAUGAAGAAAAGCACUGAGGCUGAUUUAGCCAUGUCCAAAGCAGCAAUGAAGAUCUCUGCAGACCUGCUUAGUAACCCGCUGUGUGAGCAGGACCAGGCCUUCCUGGCGUCCAUGACUGCUUUAGACACAGCCAUGAAAAGAAUGGAGUCCUUCAACCAGGAGAAGGUCAACCAGAUCCAGAAGACCGUUAUCGACCCACUGAAAAAGUACAGCGGCGUCUUCCCCAGCCUCAACAUGGCAGUGAAACGACGAGAGCAGGCGCUGCAGGACUACAAACGGCUGCAAUCGAAAGUGGAAAAGUAUGAAGAGAAAGAAAAAACGGGGCCCGUUAUGGUCAAACUGCAUCAGGCCAGAGAGGAGCUCCGCCCGGUCAGGGAAGACUUUGAGGCCAAGAACAAGCAGCUGUUGGACGAGAUGCCCAAGUUCUACCACAGCCGCAUCGACUACUUCCAGCCCAGCUUUGAGGCUCUCAUCAGGGCACAGGUGGUCUAUUUCAACGAAAUGUACAAGAUCUUCAGCGAGUUAACAGACCAAAUCGACCAGGCAGGGUUGACUGAUGAGCAGAGGGAGAAGGAGACCGAGGCCAAGCUCUGCGAGCUGCGUGCUCUGUCCAUUGUCGCCGAUGACUGAGGGGAGGAAAGCCAACAACCGGGAAGGGCUCCUUUCAUGUCUCUCUGAAUGGAUUGCACUCUUUUCAAGCUCCUUCGCGCAGUUCAGGGGGACGGCAGCGGCCUUAACCUGAUUAUCAGCUCGUUUCCUCACGGCCUCAUCAACCCCCCCCCUCCCCACAAUUCCUCUUGCACUACACUCCCAUGUUUCAUUCUCAGACUCUCUGUUAACGCAGCUGAAAUGCCACAUUAACUAAGCCAUCAGCCAAGUGCAACAUUAUAAGCCAAUAUUUUUUUUUUAAUUUUAUUUAUUUAAUUUUCUUUUUUUUUUUUUCUUUUUUUUUUUGUAAAGGAACCGAACAGUUCUUGUCAGAACUAAUUAGCAGGGUUACACUUCUUGGUUUCAGAGAUGUCUAUAAGCAUUUGUUUCUAAAGUGGGAAAUGUUUUUAUUAGUCACAUCUGCUAUGUUACUAAACUAUCUGUGAAACUGUUUUCAUUACCCAAAAUUACAAACACUACAGACUGAAUGUUACCCAGCUUAUCGGCAAGAUUAAUUCUGUAUACGGGCCUUUGCUGGUUAUGUUUAGCUCUGUGACAGCAUGAUAUUGGUAACAUCACUUGUGCAUGAUGUGCCUACACUGGUAGCCUACGCUACCUGACUGUAGAUGUAACAUGACAACUAACUAAGUGAGGCUGUGCCUUUGCAGCGGCGUUGAAAGGUCAAUCGCUCCGGCUACGGAUGGAACAAGUCACACUGCUGGAGUCCAAUGGCUGUCCAAAACAAAGGCUGGUGCUCCCUCUAGUGGAAAAUAGUAAUCAUGACAUAAUUUCUUUCUAUUCACGCCAUCCGUUGUUUGAUCUAUUGUUGUAGUUUUGUUUGUCUGUUAAGCUCACAUGUUGUUGGCAUUUGCUCUUUCUCUGGUUGGAAGCCAACUUCUUUCUGGCCUUCCUAAACAAAUUUCUGGACCAAAUCAUACCGUCAUUGCAUUCCCGUUUUUUUCCGCCUUUGUCAGGUACUGGUGAACAGGUCAGUGGGGCUGCAUUGUAAUGUACAUACACUGAUUGCUCCCACAGCAUGUUAAUUUUUGAGGUCAUACAAUGAAGUUAAGUAUUUAUUCUCUGCCAGACUUACUGAUUUUGAAAUUACUGAAGCAAAUGCUCAGUUGAUUGCCUCUCUGUUUGAGUCACGUGAAUAACUGUAUUAUUGAAGGUGUUUUUCUAAAUGAUUAGUGAAGGUUUGAAUUGUAGUAGUGGUUUACUGUUUUUUUUUUUUAACAUACAAAUGAAUACUUUAGAGUUGGUUUAACAGCUGUCAUCUGAGUUUCUAAUCAAUCAUGAAAUAAAUUAACUAAUCUGAAUUGU